AUGGAGGGAAACGAUCCAGGUGAGAGAGGCAGCUGUGAAGGAGAACCCAGCACUCCCAAAUACUUUGCUAGCUUGAACAUGGAGGGGAGAGGGAAGGCAAGGAGAUCUCACAGUCACCUGUGAGAAGAAACAGGAGGGAGGGAAGGAUGGGCAGCAAGACCAAAAUGCGCUCAAGAAUAACUGGCCUGGCCACCCCUUCCAUAAAACAGCCCCCACCCCAAAAGUCCCUCCACUGAAAAACAUUAAAAUGGGGAGAGGGCCUUGACAGGUACCAAGCCGGCUGAGGGACGGAGGAGGCUGCCAGGAUCACAGGGACGCUUUGUUUGUUUACCACUUGAUUUUAAAAAAAGAAACAAACCCUCAAAACGGUUUACAAAAAGAUAAGCCAAUAUAAUCAGAAUAAAUUUACAACCCUACUUUAAAACAUACAAGAGUUGAAAUACGAAAGCAGUUUAAAAUUACCUCAGCUUUCUAAGUAUCCACGCAGGCCUGUCGAAACAGGAUUGAUUUUAGCAGGCGCUGAAAACCAUGUUGGGUAUGCCAGAGCUAAAUGGUCACAUUUCCCUUACAAAGCUCAGCAGCUCUAUCAAACCUUCAUAUUUUUCUCUGCACAGUGAGUUUUCCUUAAAUAAGAAAAAGGGGGAAAGGAAAAGCUUAGGCUUAGUGUUGGGCAAUGAGAAGCUGGUUAACACAUGGAAAUAAACAACCAUCAUUUCCCUCCUGAGCUCUGGGAAACUGCCCUCUGAAUCCUUAAGAUUUUGCUCUGCAUCCAUAAAACUUUAUGUGGAGUCUUCCAAACAUGUUUUAUGUAUUAAAAGCAAGAAAAAUGGGUGCAAAACAUGGCCAGAAAGGCCAUCAGCUAAGGGAUAAAGGGUAGGUUCCCCUCAAAUGUGGAGAACAAACAGCACACUUAAAAAAGAAAGAAAGCAUAACAAAAAAUACAGAAGAAUAAGAACAAAACAGGUUGGAAUACAGACCAGCAACAUAUUUUCUCAUUAUCUUUACACAGCCCAAGGAAAAGUAUCUCUUCAACUAUGAAUAGCAUAUUUUUUGUGAAGAAAAAACAGCUUUGGCUAGGGAUGCUUUUUGAAGGGAGAAGCAGCGCAGUGUUCAACCUUUCCUUGCCAGUUUCCAAGGAAAAUAGACUGAGUGGUUUUCAGCAAAGGCUGACUCUGAGUAGACUCAUUGAAAUUAAUUGACCUAAUCAAGUAAUGAUUAUUAAUUUCAGUGAGUCUACUCAGAGUAAGCCUUUGUUGAAUACCACCCACUGUAACCUGCAAGCUAAACAUAAACUUGUCAGCUAUGUUCCCACCUGCAGGACACAGCAGCUAGAUCUGUACAGAUAGCAGCUAAACCGUCUUGGAAGGAUAUGGAGUUGAUAAUCCAGCUCUUAUGAAUAUAUAUCUUACCAAGGAAUAUACAUUCUGUCUUCUAAUGGUGCAAUGGAUGCAGAAGUAGCUUUCUUUGAAUUAGGGAGGCUUACUUUUCAGUGAGGGAGUACAGGAUUGCUGCCUAACCCAUAAUGUAUACUCCUUUUAAAACAAAAUUAUUUAUUUAUUAAAUAAGCAACAUAAUAAAAGCAGAAAAACAAAAGAUUAGCCAUCAAAAAAUCUGUUAAGAUUGGCGGAAUCCUAAAUAUAUUUAAAAGCCCAAGUGAGAAGGAUAUACUUCACUUAACAUCUGGAAGAUAACCAUGACAGGUGAACAAAUCUCAGGAGGGAGUUCCACCGUUUGGGCAGUUCUCUCGUAUCCCACCUGUCUAACAUUGGCAGGUGUUUCACAUCUACAUUUGUUGUUGUUGUUACAAUUGAUUUAUUAAUUGCCUUCUAAACUACUGUCUCAAGGUGAUUUGCACAUAAAAUAAUUAAAAACAUUUAAAAACACAAAACCAAAUAUUUUAAAACCAAGACUAAAACCCUAACAAGUGGAUAUCUGCAGUAAUUAUUCAUUUAUCUAGCUAUGAAAGAAAGCCUGUCUGAAGAGCUCAGUUGCUGAGAAUCUUGGCAUUCUAGUAAAUUUGAAAACUUGUUAUUAGAAUUUCUAUCACCCUUUCCAUGUGCAAAAUGUUGUAUAGUCUUGUUUUCCUCUUAAUAACCAUGUGAAAAAAGAUCACUGCUGUUCCCUUUUCAAAUGUAGAAUUGAGGAUGAGAGAAUAACUGUUCCAUAAAAAGCAAGCUAAAGGGAUGUGGGUGGUGAUGUGGUCUAAACCACAGAGCCUAGGGCUUGCCGAUCGGAAGGUCAGCAGUUUGAAUCCCCGCGACAGGGUGAGCUCCCGUUGUUCGGUCCCAGCUCCUGCCUACUUAGCAGUUCAAAAGCACGUCAAGUGCAAGUAGAUAAAUAGGUACCCCUCCGGCGGGAAGGUAAAUGGCAUUUCUGUGCGCUGCUCUGGUUUGCCAGAAGUGGCUUAGUCAUGCUGGCCACAUGACCCAGAAAAACUGUCUGCAGACAAACACCGGCUCCCUCGGCUAGUAAAGCGAGAUGAACGUCGUUCAAGACUGGACUUAACUGUCAGGGGUCCCUUUACAUUUACAAAGGAAGCUGCAGAAGGCCUCAGUGGCCCCUGGGUUUUCACAUGGCUAACUUAACAUCUUCUUUUGUGACUGACCUUAUGUGGUGGAUGCUGAGUUAUGGCAACAUCUAGACAAUUCUGUGUUUGCUUUUGUUCUCUCUCCAGAUCCCUGGGACUUUGCAACGAAAAUGGAAGAGAUUCUGUCACUUGUGAAACAAAUGCAGAAUGGUAUUUUGAAUCUAUACACCAAAUGGUUAGAAGGAAAUAACCAGGAACUAAGCAUCCAAGUAGAGAACGGGGCAUGCAGAUGAUAACAGCAAAGUGUAUAAAGGGUUGCUGGGAACUGGAACAGUUAAUUUUAUCUGCUCUUAGUACCAGAAAAGCUGGGAAACACCUUUAAAGGGAUGGAUUUCUGACUUUUCUUUGUAGUAAUUGAUAUUUACAUUUGUUGUAAUUUGUUGAUCUAGUCAUGUCCAGACCAUACAUUUAAAGCACUUUUAUACCUCUUUAACAGGCAUGGCUUUCCUGGGAACUGUUGUUUCCCCCUUGCUAGAGCUACAAUUCCCAGCACCCACAACAAGCUACAGUUGCCAGGGUUGCCUGUACCAGGAGUCGGCAAGGUUUACCUUGCCUGGGGCGGUUCACUCCUGCCGAGAUUGCUCUGUGGGCUGGAUCACAUCUGUGCAGAUGCGAUUUCCGGCGUCUGCGUCUGUACAGAUGCGAUUUCCGGCACUGUGGAAGCGAGUCUCCACGCUGCACUGGUGUAGUGCAGUGUGCGGGGGACUCGCUGAGCGGGCAGCUCCGUUCAGGGGGAGCUCAGGGGCUGUUUAAACGACCUGUGGGCCGCUUGUGGUCCAUGGGCUGCAGGUUGCCGACCCCUGGUAUACAGUAGUAUGUUUCCAUGCCCUCCAGAUGUUUCCAUGCCCUCCAGGAGAUGAAAUACACAUUGCAUCAUUUCUUCUGUGCUUCUUGGUGGGGCAUAAAAAAUAUUUGGUUAAUAUAUAUACGGUACAUAGUGACUUCAUUACUCUGUAGAAGUUGGGGUGGACAAACCUGGGGAAUCCAUUAAAAAAACGGUGAGUGGUGUGGAGGCCAUAAAUAGAGAGAGAGAGAGAGAGAGAGAGAGAGAGAGAGAGACAGACAGAUACACAGACAUAGGGUUGGCACUUACACAUGGCCAAAAAAGAGCAAAAGAGGACACUAAUUUCAUACACUAAUGUAUAUGUAUAAAUGGCAAUUUAUUAAAUAAUUACUAAGCUUUAUAUAGAAUUACGGUACUUCCGGGUUGGCGCCAUCGGUAAUGGCGGAUUCCCUCUGAUCCGGAGGGACUGGCUCCACGGAAAAUGGGUCUGUUCUGCUACGGCGAAGCGGGGACCCUUUAAAAAAUCACAGGCAGAUGAAGCCUGUGACCAUGGGACUCGGCGGGCACCUUUCGCGCCCCCCCCAAUUCGUAAAGGAACCCAAUUACGGGCUCCGGAGCGAAGAGGGGCUAGUGGCGCGGUGCUGAGAGUCAACUGCUUCUUCCAUGGAGCGAAGCCGCACAGCCGUUGCCGGAGAGCGCUACCUUUUUCCUGGGACAAUUUGGCUACAAAAACAACUACCCGUGAGCAGAUCAAAUUUGAAUAUUUAUUGAAAAAAAAAUUUUUUUUUAAAUUACACACAAAAAAAGACAAGACAGAAAAAUAAAACUAAAAAAUAAAACCAUCAUUCUCAAAUUCUCCACUUUCAAUACCUUCUUUCUUUGACCUCCUCCUCCUCCCUUUUCUUGCAUCCUGAUUAAUAAUAAUCAAAGCAAAUCCUUUCCAUAAUUCAUAGUAUUCUGUCAUUACAUUACCUUAAUCUAUUUUCAUCUUAUAAAAAAAAACCUUAAAGUUUAAAACUUAAAUCUUAUUUUUACCAACUUCUCCUAGCCAUAACAUUCUUACCAAAUUCUUUAGACAUUUUUACAAGAGCCAAGUAAUUUCAUUUCAACAUUUUUCUAGCAUUCAUCAAUUUUAUAGAACAAUCCUAAUGAUAAAAAAAAAGAAAUAAACAAUCCAAUCUUCGUCCAGCGUCCCUUCCUCCUGGUCCCGGGUUUUGUCAGUCCUUUUUAUCUUAUUAGUCUAGCACAUUAACCUGGUAAUCUUAUAUCCAAAGCCCUCAAGUCUCUUCCAUGUCCCUUCCGCAGCUCUUCUUCAUAUUUUCCUUUCAUUCGUGGGAACUCCAGCUUGGUAAUGUUUUUGACCCUUUUCAACAAAUCAGCCCCUUUUCCAUAGUCCAGACUAGACUCCAUGUGGUAUUUAAAAACAUGUUUCAGAUUCCCUCCAAAAUUGAGAGCCCCCACAGCUCCAAACAUCUGACAGCCCAUUGCCAGACUCGAAAAGUCCAAAUCUCCCUGUAUAGGGGGGUCUGUCCAACCCCCCAUUUCCAAACCAAACCAAACUUUAUCUUUCCAAGUCUGGUUUUUUCCAAGUUCAUUUGUCAAAUCCAAAAAUUUAUGUUCCUGCUGGGCCGCAGCUCCCUCUGUCUCUGGCGCCCAAGAUUCAGCAGCAUCCUCUUCUCUCAGCUGUUCUGUCAUGGCACGCUCCUGUUUUAGCUCCUGGGUGGGCUCCAUAUAAUUUCCCACUACCUGUUCAAAGGUUCUGGCCGCAUUAGUCAUCAAAUCCUUCUUCUGGCUUAACUGAUCCAAUAGGGCAUUUAUUUUGCAGAGAGCACCCAACAGUGCUUCUGAAGACAUUGUCCUGCAAGGUCACAAAUCCUUUCCCACGGUUGUAAUCUGUGGCAGCUGCAAGCUCCCAGGGAUUAGUUACAAUUUCACAGUCCCCCUCUAGGGGGAAAUCUUCUGAUCGUUCUUUCUUUUAAAAACAAUAGCAACAAAGUUUCUUUUUAAAGGUAUUUUGUCCAUAUUUGUUCUUUUUAAAAUGCGAAAGGAAACAAUGGAAUCACUAUGUUUCUCUUCUUUUAACUAUCUGUCAAAGACAUUUGUUUCUGGUCAAUGAGCUUCAAACGUCAAUUCUGACACCCCGCUCCAGGAUCAGGACGGUGGAAAAUUACUUUGCUUUAAACUCACUUCUGCAGGUUUAAACAGCCCAAAAAAGAUCCCUCUUCUUCUCCUGCUACCGAAGGGGGGUUCAGCGAUUUUAAAUGAUGAAAACCAAUCCUUUGAAAGUGAUUUUUAAAGCUCUAGUUUAUGUUGUCUUUGCUUUAUUCUGGCUACAAGGAAACGGAAGGCUGACUUCCUGUUUAGACCUUACCGUUUCAGUACCAAAUUAAGGUAAAUUUUUAAGUCCAAAUUCCUUUCUAUUUCGCCAGUUCUUAUUUAAAGUCCAAAUGUUCAAUGUUCCAGUACUCACGGGUGGUUAUUUUAGAUGCCAAAUUGUCCCAGGAAAAAGGCAGCGCUCUCCGGCAACGGCUAUGCGGCUUCGCUCCGCAGAAAAGCAAUUGACUCACAGCACCGCGCCACUUCCCCUCUUCGCCCGGAGCCCGUUAGUGGGUUCCUUUGCGGGUUGGAGGGGGCGCUAAGGGUGCCCGCCGAGUCCCACGGUCACAGGCUUCAUCCGCCUGUGAUUUCCAGAAGGGUCCCCGUUUCGCCGUAGCGGAAAAGACCCGUUUCAUGUGGAGCUAGUCCCUCCAGUUCAGAGGGAGUCCGCCAUUACCGAUGGUGCCACCCCGGAAGUCGUGAGCAGAUCAAAUUUGGACAAUUGGACUUUAAACAACGAUCUGUGAGUAGAACGGAAAAUUGGAUUAAGAAAUUCCUCUUAAUUUGGCACUGAAGCAGGAAGGUCUAAACAGGAAGUCAGCCUUCCGUUUCUUGUAGAUAGAUUAAAGCAAAGACAUGGCAAACUAGAGUUUAGAAAAUCGUUUGUAAAGGAUCAACUUUCAUCAUCUAAAACUACUGAACCCCCUUCGGAAGCAGGAGAAGAGGGGGGAUUUUUUCCAGAUUGUUUAAACCUGCAGAAGAGAGUGUAAAGAAAAGUAAUUUCCCACCGUCUUGAACCUGGGAGCGGGGUGUCAGGACAGACGUUUUUGGGAAAUUCAUUGACUAUAGACAAAUGUUUUUGACAGACAGUUAAAAGAAGAGAAACAUAGUGAUUCCAUUGUUCUCUUUCGCAUUUUAAAGGAACAAAUAUUGACAAAAUAUCUGAAAAAGGAAACUUUGUUGUUAGAUCUGCUGUUAAAAAAAAAAGAAAGAAAAGAGAUUGAUACAAAUAGAAGUUCUUCCCCUAGAGAGAGCUUGUGAAACUGUUAUUAAAUUUGAACUGGGGAGCUUCGCAGCUGCAAACAGAUUAAGAUCGUGGGAACAGACUUCUGACCUUGCAUAACAAUGUAUUCAGAGGCUCUGGUGCGUGCUUUCUGCAAGACAAGUGCUUUAUUGGAACAGUUACAUGAGAAGACGGACUUGAUGACUGUUGCGAUUAGAAAUUUUGGACAGGUAGUGGGUAUCUAUAUAGAACCCACCCAGGAAUCAACUCAGGAGUGUGCUCUGACAGAUCAGAUGAGGGAGGAGGUUGUUGCUGGACCUCGGGUGGCAGAGAUGGAGGGAGCUGUGGCCCAGCAGGAACAUGAGUUGUUGGAUCUGACAAAUGAACUUGGAAAAAGCCAGAUUUGGAGAGAUAGAGUUUUGUUUGGCUUGGAGAUGGGGGCUGGAUAGACCCCUAUGCAGGGAUGUCUUGACUUUUCAAGUCUGGCAAUGGGCCGUGAGGAGUUUGGGGUUGUGGGGGUCCUCAACUCUGGAGGGACCUUGAAACAUGCUUUUAAAUACCACAUGGAGUUCAGUGUGGACUAUGGAAAAGGGGCUGAUCUGUCGAGAAGGGACAAAAAUACUGUCAAGUUGGAGUUUCCACGAGUGAAAGGACCAGGAGACAAAGUAAAGUACAGGUAUAAAUAUGAAGAAGAUCUGCGGAAGGGACAUGGAAGAGACUUAAGGGCCUCGGACAUAAGAUUGCCAGGUUAAUGAACUAGAUGGAUGGGAUAGAAAGGAUUGACAAAACCCGGGACCAGGAGGAAGAGACGUUGGAUGAAGAUUGGAAGAAAGUUUUUUUAAAAAAAUUAUUUAGGAUUGUUUUGUAAAAUUAAUGAGUAUUAGAAAAAUGUUGGAACGAAAUUAUUUGGCUUUAGCAGAAAUGUUAAAAAGAACUAUGCAAGAAUAUGUUAUGGUUAUGAGAAAUUGGUAUAAAUAAGAUUUAAGUUUUAAGUUUUAGGGUUUUUUUAUAGUAAGAUAAGGUUAAAAUAGAUUAAGGUAAUUUAAUGACAGAAUAUUAUGAAAAAUGGGAAGGAUUUGCUGUGAUAAUUAAUAACUAGAAUACAAAAAAGGGAGGUGUGAGGAGGUCGAUGAAAUAAGGCAAUGACAGUUAAGGAUUUGGGAAUAUUGGAUCUGUUUUUAAAUUUUUGUGGUUUACUUUUGUUUUUUGAUUUUGAUGUGUUAUGUGUUUUGUUUUUGUUUUUUGAUUUUGAUUUUUAUCGAUUUGUAUUGUUUGAUUGCUGUUUGUUUUUCCCUUGUUUUUUUCCUUCUUUGUCUCUUUGUUUUUUCUGUAAUUUUAAAAUGCUUAAUAAGUAUCAUUUAAAAAAAAGAAAGAAACGGUGAGUGGUGUGGAGGCCAUAAAUAGAGAGAGAGAGAGAGAGAUAGACAGACAUAGGGUUGGCACUUACACAUGGCCAAAAAAGAGCAAAAGAGGACACUAAUUUCAUACACUAAUGUAUAUGUAUAAAUGGCAAUUUAUUAAAUAAUUACUAAGCUUUAUAUAGAAUUACGGUACACCUUGACAUAGUGGGGAAGACUGACCACAUGAGCUGUGUCCUGGCUCAGUCUGUUGCCCAGGUUAGAGGGACAACUCUUGACUGGCAACUUCUAGACCCCUCCUGCUCCCCCUUUUUUGAGUUCUUUCUCUUUAGAAGUUUGAUUGGAGAGCCCUUCAAAUAGGACUAUACCUAGUAGAUAGGAUACAUGACCACCUAGAGGCAGCAUGGACUUGACCUGAAGCUGCAAGGGGAGGGAAAAGUGGAAGAUUUGAGGAAAAAAUGUUUGUGAGGAGGGGAUUUUGGGGAAGGAAGAAAACUGUCCUAACAGAGGCUGCAUGAGGAAACAUAAAACACAGCAUCAAGGCUUGUGAGCUAUGUCAUGCUGUUCAAUAUAAUCAUACGAUGAUAUACAGGUGAAUAGUUAUAGUGAAUUCAUACAAUUAGGAUGUUUUAAAGUAAUCACUAUUCUGUUAGUAAUUAGCAUAGUUAAGAAUCUGGUUAAAGGUAAGAUUUCUUCUCCCUUUUGUAGUGGAAAUUCUGGAGCCAAAAGUUGAAGAGCUAGUAAAAAGGAUCAAUAAACUGCAGCAAGGUAAGAAGAGUGCGAAGAGGUUAGCAAUGGUUAUGCAGAAUCUUUUGCAGAGCAAGGUAUACCCUUGCGCAAAGGAUGCCAAGUCAGGCUCCUUUGACUUGAAAAGGCAGGAUUUUCUAAGGUGUGGCUCCCAAAGAGAAAAUGAAAAUGCAAGAGUCCACUAAGUGGCACAAAAGCAGUUUCAGUAUUUAAGUAUUUCUGAAAGCCUCUGUUUUUGCCUCUCAAUACUGUUUCUGAAUGCAUGACUCCCAUCACCUUUCUGGGCCUGUUCCUGGGGUUGUUAUGGUGGUGGUUGCAAGCACCACAGUACCCCCAACUCCUUCCUUGAUGCCUAGUAAGACCCCCUGCUCCAUUAAAUACAGGCCUCCAGCCACCCUGCCCUCCUCUGUCCCUAGCAUACACCAGUGCUUGCAUGACAAACCACACCUGUUUAAAUUCCCUCUUCUACUCAACUCUCAAAAGGUUCAGGAAUCCUGUCAUCUUCUGCAUCUGGUGGCCCUAGUUUUGGAGAUGAAAAAGUGUUUGUGAAGGAAGGAGUUUUUGAGUGAGCGAUUGGUGGGGUGUGUGCUUGAGUGGUUGCUAGUGUGGUUUGGAGACUUUGUAAUAAUGAAUUGUGAUAAUGAAUGGAUUAUAAUAGUAAAUUUUAUCUUAUUUCGGUUUAUAUUGACUAUUAUGUUGAGGAGUCAAAGAGGAUGAUGCCAAUUGGGAGGAUCUGAGGUCUAGUUGCAGAGGAGGGUGUUCUCUUGUACAAGUGUAAAUCCUUUCAACGAUGGGACUCCUUAGUGGGAGCCAGCCCACUGGUUUUAGUUGUUCUCCAUUCAUUAUUUACUCUUUAGUGCUUAUUCUUAGUCCUCUGUAGUGUGUAUAUCUGGGUGUGUUUUUUUCCAGCCAAGAAGAUAUUAAGUGAGGAGCUCUCUGAGGCAAAUGAGCAUAGCAAGACACUGCAAAGGGAACUGGAAAUAUGUAGGUAACUUUAGCACCAUGUGACAAACAUGGACUAUAUGAAGCAUUGAGGGAAUGCUCACUGAACUGCUUGACCUGAAUAAUUCAAGCACUUCUCUUAUUCCAAUUUGUAUUUUAAGUCUUGAUUGCGAUUCAGUUGCACCAUGUAGCUGUUUUUCUGACUAUGGACAACACACAGAUUUAAUCUGAAAGUUUUGCUCUAGACAUAAAAGCUCUUUUUCAGAGGAGCACUGGUGUGUGAAUUGAGAACAACUCUACUGAAAACAACGCAUUGUAUUUCAAUAAGCCUCAUUCUAUACCUAGCAGGAUUCUAUUCUUUCCCUGGCCACUGGAGCAUUAGCACCACCACAAUUUAAGAAUGGUUGAUUACAUUUAAAGGGUACUGUGGCUGAGGUUCCAGGUUUUCACUGCUUAGAUUAUGCUGCUCUGCUUCAAAUGCAUUGGGGGGGGGGGGGAAAUGCUGGUGACUGCUGCUGCCACCAGAUUUAAUAUAUACAGUGGUGCCUCGCAAGACGAAAUUAAUCCGUUCCGCGAGAGUCUUCGUCUAGCGGUUUUUUCGUCUUGCGAAGCAACCCUAUUAGCGUCUUAACGGAUUAGCGCUAUUAGCGGUUUAGCGGCUAUUAAAGGCUUAUCGGAUUAGCUGCUAAAAGGCUAUUAAAGGCUUAGCGGCUUAGAUAAAGGGGGGGAAAGCAAAAAAAAAUCUCAAGACUCGCAAGACAUUUUCGUCUUGCGAAGCAAGCCCAUAGGGAAAUUCGUCCUGCGAAGCAACUCAAAAACGGAAAACCCUUUCGUCUAGCGGGUUUUCCGUCUUGCGAGGCAUUCGUCUUGCGGGGCACCACUGUAACAGGUUUCUAGUUUUCUCUUCCACCAGCAGCAAUAUUUAGUCCAUGGGUAGGCAAACUUGGGCUGGAUCCGGCCCAAUUGCCUUCUAAAUCUGGCCUGUGGACGGUCUGGGAAUCAGCGUGUUUUUACAUGAGUAGAAUGUGUGCUUUUAUUUAAAAUGCAUCUCUGGGUUAUUUGUUUGGCAUAGGAAUUCAUUCACUCCCCCCCCCCCAAAACAAAUAUAGCCCCCCCCAAGGUCUGAGGGACAGUGGACUGGCCCCUGCUGGAAAAGUUUGCUGGCCUCUGAUUUAGUCAAUGGCGGAGUGUAGGUAAAUAGCGCACGGGCCAAAGGGGGCGGUGCACGGAGGGAGGCUGCGGUGGCACUGGCACACUCGCGUGCCCCAGUCCUGGAAGUGGGCCAACUCUCCUCUCUCGGCCGGAGCUUCCUCAUGCGCCACAGCCUCUCUCCGCCCUCCGGGUCAGGCUUGGCCUGGGGACAGAGAAACAAUGGCCAGGCAGGCCAGGCACUGCAGCUGCUCUCUGCCCCUGGGAUUGACCUUGGGAAGGGGGAGCUGCAACGACGCGCCAGGCGUGGGUGGGACACACAGAGGGUGAUCGAUCUUCACCUUCCGUGUUCUCCAGCCCCCGCUGCCGGCAGGGCGCGAGGUAUCUGAGGGGGCACCUGGUUUCCGCCUCCCAUAUUGUGCACCCUUGGCCACGGCCCCCAUACCCCUCCAUGCUACGCCACUGUAUUUAGUAGCUGUGUGUGCUUUAGUGUGUGAGACUUCAGGCAAGUUGAUGUCAGGCAUUCUUUUAGAUAUGCCAGUGUUGAGAAUAAGCUUACUGAAAUUUUGCCCAGGUUGUGCCCAAAGCUCCCUAUUACUCUAGUUAACACUAUUCAUAAUCUAAGAAUAUAGAGGUCAAAGGUUAUUCUGUGCAAGAUCUAUAUUUUUGCUAGAUCUGUCAAGCUGGGUUUUGGGAUGAUAUAUAUACAUUUUAAAAAGGAUGACCAAACCUCUAGCUUAAAGCAAACUACAGCUGAAAUUAUUGGGGGAAAUUCCUGUGUGUGUGGUGUUGUUGUUGUUGCUCCUGCUGCUGCUGCACUCUAUUUAUACUUUUCAGAUUUAUACAUUUCACUGAUUUUACAAUCAUUUUGACAUUUCAAAACUUGACUUCCUUCCCCCUCUUUCUGCUGUUCCUUAAAUUUUUAAUAUCGUCUGCAUAUCCAAAUUAACUUAAUUUGCUCAUUUAUUCAUCUUUUUAAAAUAUAUACUCUUAUGAAACUGCAGAUUAUUACAAUAAUCCUGCCAAUGUUUCUAUUUGUUUACAAUUUAUCUGUAAAUAUUCAAUAAACCAUUUCCAUUCUUUUAUAAAAAGUUUUUUAUCUUUAUUUCUUAUUCUUCCAGUAAGCUUCACCAUUUCUGCAUAUUCCGCAAGUUUUUGUAUCCAUUCUUCCUUUGCUGGAACUUCUUUUCAUUUUCGGGCAAGUAGCAUUCUUACCACUGUAGUUGCAUACAUGAAUAAGUUUCUAUACAGUUUAGGUAGUUAUAAUUCCCAAGAGAAAAGCUUCUGGGUUUUUUUUUACAAACAUUAUUUUAAACAUCCUUUUCAUUUUAUUAUAUAUCAUUUCCCAGUAAGCCUUAACCUUACUACAAGACCACCAUAUAUUAUAAAAAGAAUCUUCUUUGUCUUUACAUUUCCAACACUUAUUUGAUUGAGAUUUAUACAUUUUUGCCAAUUUACUCGGUGUUAGAUACGAUCAAUAUUUUCAUAUAACUUUCUCUUAAAUAUGCUGUAAAUUUUAUAUCCAUAUUCCACAAUUGUUCCCAUGCUUCCAUAUCUAUAUUAUGACCAAUACCUAUUGCCCAAUGUAUCAUUGAAUAUUUUACUUGCUCAUCCUUUGUCUCCCAUUCCAAUAAUAUUUUAUACAUUUUAGAUAGCACUUUUACAUUCCAUUCCAACAGGUCUCUCUCCAGUUGUGAUAUUAGUUCCCCAAACCCUCGUAUCCUGUUUUUCUUAAAUUCUUCAUUCAAAUGAUAAUUUUCCUGAUAAUUCCUUAAUUUUUUUAAAAAAAAUACUCUCCCUGUUGUUUUAAUAAAUUUCUAUAAGCUGUCUACCCUUCUAUCAUAUUCUUUACCACUAUAGCUUCCAACGGUGAGAGCCAAAGUGGUGUUUUUACCUCUAAUAAAUUCUUAUAUUUAUCCCAAACUCUAUACAAUUUUUUCCCUAAUUAUAUGAUUUAUAAAUCUCUUAUGAACUUUCACCUUUUCAUACCAUAAAUAAGUGUCCCAAUCAUAAAUAUUGUCAUGACUUUCUAAGUCUAGAAUAUGUGAAUUCUCUAAUGUCAUCCAUUCUUUCAACCAACAAAGACAGGAUGCCUCAUAGUAUAGUCUCAUAUCCGGCAGGGAAAAACCUCAUUCUUUUGCAUCUAUCAAUAUUUUAUAUUUUAUUCUCGAUUUUGGGGAAAAUUCCUCUAAAGCAUUUUCUAUACUGUUCUAUCGGCACUUGUGUUGGGAAUAGCAGUAGAUUAGAAGUCUGGUAGUUGCUGUGAUUUAUAGCUGGUUUUUUGAGGCCACUUUCAAAGUAUCUACAUAAUAAAAUUACCAGUAAGUUCUUAAGAACAUAAGAGCCCUGCCAAAUCAGACCAAAUGCCCAUCUAGUCCAUCAUUGUGUUUGUUUUAUUUAUUUAAAACAUUUCUAAUUCUAUUUAUUUAUCCUGCUAUUUAUUGCAAAAAGCAUUUAUAUAGCAGAUAAAAGUGAAAUUCAUAUAUUGAACAUAAAAACAACAGAAAAAAUAAAAGAGCAAAUGAGAGCAACUAGUCCAGGCCUCUUUGUGGGCUGCAUUGUGAUUUUUUUUAAUGACCUAUGUGGAUGUAGUAUUUUAUUACAGCUUUUUAUUGUUAAUUUUUUUUUUACUAGGUAUGCAUUAUUUGGGAACUUUGAGUGAAUGGCUGAUUAUGUUAUUAAUAAAGAAACAAGGUAGCAGCUAAAUGAGCUCUUUUCCUUUUGCAGUAAAUGCUGAGAAAUCAAGCCUUGAGGAAAUAUGGAGUGAAAUGAAAGGUGACAGCAAGAAGGGGAGUUUUGGGGGGGUCUUCAGCACAAUCAAGUUUUAGCACACUUCCAAAGCAUCUCUGCUUUUUUUGCAGGGACAGAGUCCAUUUUCUCAGUACUGGGUCUGAUUAUAUAUCCUUUAUCUGAGUAAAUAUGAAAACUUUCCCUUAGGUAGUCCAUAUACUGUAUUAUUAUUACUUUAACUGCAGUGUGUAAUGUGCCUUCAAGAAUGACAUAAAUACCUAUUGGAUAUUAUCUGAGGUAUCAUUAGUGAAGAUCAGGGGAUGUCAGUGAACUACCCAUAAGUACCACGGUGCCUGCCAGUAUUUUGUAUGGCACCUGCAAAGGGUCUCAGUAAACAUCCCUCAGAAAUCUACAAUACAAUUGGCUCUUCCUGCUCAGUUCUUGUGUACACUGGCUCAGCCUCUCCUACAUUGAACACAUUCCCUUAAGUAUGUCAGCAUUUCAUGGGAUGCCAGGACUGGACAUCCACCCAUCAUCUGUUCUGAACAGAGGAGUGGUGCAAAGAACUCCCUGUAAGGAAGACAAUGAUGACUGAUGUAGAUGCUCCCCCACAACGGAUAGGGAGGCUAAUGUCCACACUAUUUUGUAGGAAAUACAUUAACUGUGACUGGUGUACACUUCUUAAAUUUGUUAUUGUUACAUGCCACCCCAACCUCUGAGCAGUGCAAGAUUCCAGGGGGGCAGGUGCUUACUCAGGGUUCGUGUUUCCUUUGAGAACAAGGCACAGAGGAGACAGUGGUGUCUUUAGGAUAUAUGGUUUAUUUACACAUAUAUACGAUCUGAGUCUAUGAUAAAGGUGCUUACAGCAGAGGUUUUCAACCUUGGGUCCACAGCUCCCUUAACGUACUACAUUCUUUCUGUGGCACCCCAAUGGAGCUCAGGAGCCCAGUUAUGUCACCUACAGAGCCAGCAGCUCCUCACCCUUUUUGGAACACCCUCCCUUGUGGAGUGUUCCCUUAGCUUCCUCUCCUCUCCUCUCCUCUCCCCUCUCCUCUUCUUGGGAGUCCUCUGGGCAGUUGCUGACACCGUCCCUGGUCUCUGAGCUGCUCACCCCACCCCCACGCCAAAGAGAGGUGCCUCCCAGAGGCACCCCUCGCCUGUGGAGCUUAUAGCCAGGGCUGCUGCAAUAAACAGCUGUGCAAGCCUUUGGGAGGCAGAGACAUGACAGGGCAUCAGAGGAGGGAGGGAAGGAAAGAGGGACAGAGGCCAGUGUUGCCUGCAGCACCCAGACCAUCAUUCAAAGCACCCCAGGGUGCCACGGCACACUGGUUGAAAACCACUGGCUUACAGCAUUGAUUCUUGCUUCUCCCAUCACCACAGCAGCCUUGGAUCAAAAACAUCACCAGCCAUGGCUCAGCCUCCCUCCAGCUUGUUGUAUUCUUACACACUGCAACUAUUUUUUGUCAUGGACUGGCUGCAUGAGGAGUGGUUGGAGGCUCCAGCUGGAGAACCCUCUAGGGAAGCCUCAGAAGAGGAAGGCUCAGGCAGGACAUUGAAGACAAGUCAGGAUGAAGAGGGGAGGCAGAAUCAUUGGAUACUGAACAAGCAACAGGCUUGAUUGAGAGAGAUGUAGGACAGGCAGCUGGAAAGGAGGUGGGGGUUGAGGCUGCAACAGAUUCCUAGGAGCGGGCUGGUCCUACUGUAUUCAGCUCCCUUCCUCCCUUGUCUCCAAGGGCACAGAGGGCUUUGCAUGCAGAAUAACAAUGGGCCCAGAGGUUGCAGGGCCCCUCUCCCUAACAGAGUUUAAGAUUGCUGGGGAAUCAGGUGGACGGGGAGGAGGCUUAAGUGGAAAUAGGAGGCACAGAUCAUCAGUUCUGGAAACUGCUAUACUGGGGCCAGUCUUGCCCGUAGGUUUCUGUUUGUGUUUUGUUUCCUUGAAUAAAAAAAUCAACUUUUCUGCUUGUCUCAGAGUCUCUGUGCUGACCUACAGCUGAACCAGCCCUGACAUUUUCCUCCAGCUCACAUCAUCUCCAAAUGCAAUCCUAAACUCAACUCUGCUUUCUCCCUGCUAACUAUCUCAGAGCCCAGGGUGGCACAGAGUCUUUGCUUUCUUGAUGUCCCAUCUCCCUAUCUUUAUCUUUGUUUUCCAGCUUUGUUAAAGGCCCAUCUCUCAGGCAAUCUCCUGAACAUGAGAAGCUGAAUCCAGCUAUUAAGAGUAUGACUUCCAGUUUAACUCUCCAAGCAUUGAUAAAAUUUUAACACUUAGUAAAUUCAGGACUUAUGGGUGUCUGGCACCCACAAACUAAUAACAGUCUGUUGGGUUCAACAUAGCUACUCCUUCAGUUUAUUUCUCAUAUGAGGAAGGAUUGAGGCAGAACUAGUAGCUUCAAAGAGCUGUGUCAGUCAAAUAUAGGGAUUAGCAAUUAGAAUCUCCAGUUGGACUUUCCUUCAUCCACUCCUUGAAAUGCUUCUAUGAAACUAUAAUGCUUGUCAUUAAUUUAAAAGCGAGUUGCUGCUGAGAAUAGUCUUUUCGACAAGAUGCACAAUUUUUUCCUUCUCUUUGGACACUAAGAAUAUUGAUGUCAGUUGAAAGUUAGAGAACAUGUAUAUAUGGUCAUGAUAGAAAUAUUAUACAUAAAAAGAGUAACCAAAGUUCUAAACAUUAGUAUUCAUCUUCCCUGCAGGGACACGACAAAUUGUACAGCUGCACUGUGAAGAGACAGAAACAGAGAUGCAGAGGUGAGCUGUGGUUCAACUGGGUUAGAAUGAGACAUGUCUUAUUUCUGUGGUUUAUCUUUAUUUUGUGUGUCAGAUUUCUUAAUGUUUUCCUUUUAUAUCCCCUCCUCCACCCCCCUGGAAUUCUUCAUAAACCUACUGAUGUAAAUAGAAACUGGGAGGAAAUAAAAUUAAAAUACUGAAGGGUAUAUAUGUAAAGGAAAGAGGAAUACAUCAAAACUUUAAAGUUGCAGUUCUAAUCAGAAGGAUCCAUCGCCUCACUCCAGACAAGCCACAAGCUUGGUUUGCUCUGAGUGAGACAAGCUCAUGUUCAAAAUAUGUGCUAAGCCAAACCAUGGCUUAGCCCCAGGUAGCACGAUGGCAGGGAAGGAGUAAAGCAACCAUGAUUUCUCCAGGAACCUGCACAUGCACAUCUGUGCUAAGCCAUAGUUUGGCUUAGUGUUCUGUGAGAACUGUGUCAGUAAGUAUUCUGACAGCCUGAUCCUAUGCAUAUUUAAUCAGAACUUAAGUUCCACUGUGCUCAUCAAAAAAUUUUUUAAGAGGAAGCCCAAUUCUACACCUCAGCUUUAUCUUGUUUAUCAGGCAGCAGAAAAUGAACCUAGAGCGCAAGCAGCGAAUUGAAGAACUCACAGCCAAGAUCCAAGAAGAGAGAGUAAAGCAAAGAGACCAGAGGUAAUUAUAGAAUCUGGUCACAAGAGUUUUGGGUUACACUUUAUUCCAAUUUCAAUUAAUUGCAAUAUGUAUUAUUUUAGCAAGAGUGCCAUAAAUUUCAGUUUCUGUAGAAUAAAGUUGCAAUGCUUGUGGGCUGGUAGGUAUUGCUGGUAGGUUUAGGACUGAUAAAAAAGUACCACUUUGUUCAUGUGAUGACUCGAUUAGAGAGAAGGUUUUGGCCUGGGAUGGGGAAUAUGCACGUAAUAAAUUAUGAAACAAUAGGAUAGGAGAGGCCUAACAGGCCAGACCAAAUAGGCUGGGUGAAAUCCUGACACAGUCUUUUACACAGUGAAUGGAAUUGAUUACAAGAGGUAGUGAUGGCCUCUAGCUUAAAUAGCUAUAAAAAGGGAGUAGCCAAAUUUAUACAGGACAGUCUAGCAAUUGCUAUUAGCCAUGGCAAUGACUAUGCUAGAUCAAUGUCUUGCCUCAGUAAUGGACUGGGUGAUAAUAAACUGAAGCUUAAGCUAGACAAGACAAAGGCACUGUUAGUAGGUGGUUCCCUAGACUGGAUGGAUGGGAUGUGGUCUCUGGAUGAGGCUGAAGCAGGUAUGUGGCUUGGGGUACUUCUUGAUCUACUGUUGAUGUUUCAGGCUCAAAUGGCCUGGACGAUGCAGAGUGCCUUCCAUCAGUUUCAACUGAGCCUCUUGGGCUUGCCGGUCGGCGGUUCGAAUCCCCGCGAUGGGGUGAGCUCCCGUUGCUUGGUCCCAGCUCCUGCCAACCUAGCAGUUCAAAAGCACGCCAAAAAGUGCAAGUAGAUAAAUAGGUACUGCUCCGGCGGGAAGGUAAACAGCAUUUCCGUGCGCUGCUCUGGUUUCAGUGUUGCGUUGCGCCAGAAGCGGCUUAACUGUUUGUAGACAAACACCAGCUCCCUCGGAAUGUAAAGCAAGAUGAGCACCGCAACCCCAGAGUUGUCUGUGACUGGACUUAACUGUCAUGGGUCCUUUACCUCCUUUACCUUCUUCUUCUUUUUUUUUUUUUACCCCUAUGAUGACAGGGAAAGCCCAACUUCUGUUGUCUACACUCUGGUAACCUCCAGGUUGGACUACUGCAAUGUGUUACGUAUGGGGCUGCCUUUGAAGAUGGUUCAGAAACUGCAGCUGGUGCAGAAUUUGGCAGCCAGAUUGCUACUGGGGCAGGACUGUCUCAACAUAUAACACCAAUUCUAGCAUGGUUCCACUGGCUGCUAGUGAGUGGAUUCAAUUUAAAGUGUAGUUUGAACCUAUAAAACUGUAUGUGACUCAGGACUUCAAGGACUGCCUCUCCCCGCAUAAAUCAAUGUAAUCUGAGGCCCUUCUUUAUCUGACCCCUCCCCGGGAGGUCUAGAUUGCAACAUGAGAAUUGGGCUUUUCAGUGGUGGCCUCCUGCUUGUGAAAUGCUCUCCCCUGAGAGAGCACCAUCUUUUUCUUUUGUAAGGGCCAGGCAAAUACUUUCCUCUUUACCCAGGUUUUCGAAGGGUUUCAGGCAUUAAUUUAUAAGCGUUUCAGGCAUCUGCAACCUCUUUUGGUGGUAUGGCAUCUAUCAGACCUGUCUCUUAUCCAUAUAAAAUAAAAACAUUCCUUCCAGUAGCACCUUAGAGACCAACUAAGUUAGUUAUUGGUAUGAGCUUUCGUGUGCAUGCACACUUUUCUUCAGAUACCACUCUUAUCCAUAUAGAUAUGUUUUUAGGCUUUAUUGGUUGUGUUUUAGUUUUCAAGUCUCUUUGUGAGAAAAACAGGUAAGAAAUAUAAUUAAUAAAACAACAACAAUAUUCAACCUCCAUAUUCAGGACAGUAUAAUUCUGAUUAUCAAGUGUGGGGAGGGGGAAGAGGGAGAUAGCUACUUGCUCUGCUUAUGAGCUUUCUUUCAAGGGCAUCUGAAUGGUGCUUCUUGAAUACUGAGUUCUGGGCUAGAUGACCCCUUAGUGUGAUCUAGCAUAGGCAAUUUUUAGGUUCCUCUCUUUAGGAAAGUUCCGUUCUCACCAUUAACAGUUUUACUCUGUUCUAUCUUGUCCUGUUUUUAAUUUUCAUGCCUUCAGACUGGAGUUUGAGCACCUACUUAAUGAGCUGAUGGAGAAGCACAAGAGUCUCUGGGAGCUUUACGUAAGGGCUAGGUUUUUGUCUUUACCAUGAACUCAACUACUAUAAAGCCACUGCAGGAUAAGUGACCUUCAGAAAUGUUCAUGUCCAAGUGACAAUAUGUGAAUAUAGUAGAAACUGAGAGUUGAGAGUCACUAUAUUCUGCCUUUAACUUUGGAAACAGAGUAACAUCAAAUGAACUUGAAACAUUUGCGAACACCUGGAAAUGGAGACUGUUGUAUUCUAUGCCUUGAUUCAGAAAUGUGCUAGAAUAUAGAAGUGCUGAGCAGCAAGGAUGGGAGAUGGGGACUUUAGCUUUCUUUUGAUAGAUGAAAUGUAUGAAUGGGAAGAUGCUCUGUCUGGAGGAGCAGUUCAGUACAUUGGAAAUAAAAGCUGUAUUGGGGGUGGAAGGAGCAUGGGAAGAAGUUUUAUUUGUUCACAGAUUGGUUGCUAGUUACUCUAGUGAACCACAUUCAUGCCUUAGCCUUGCUUUCCACAAACUGCACGCCUGUGUCCACUGGCACUUCAGAAGAUGUCUCUCUGUAGCUUCCAAAAGCAUGGUCAGCUUGCAUCAUGUAGGAUGAGGCAACAUAAGAUGUCAGACUGAAAUGGGCUGAGCUGUUGCCACCUGAGCUCCAAUGACACAUGGAGCUAGCUUUUUGCCACUAUAACUGUUAUGAAGUGUGUGAAAGCUACUCUUGGCACACACUGAUAGGAUUAUUGGAUAGCUUAUUGGUUGCUCUAAAGCAGCAAAAACAUACCCAGAGAUGGAACCAAUAGCCCUAUUCAGGUGUUUUGUACCUACUACUAUUACACAGGUGGUGCUGUGGUCUAAACCACCAAGUGUCUUGGGCUUGCCGAUUGUAAGGUUGGCAGAAGGUAAAUGGUGUUUCUGUGCACUCUAGCUUUCAUCACGGUGUCCCAUUGCACCAGAAGCGGUUUAGUCAUGCUGAUCACAUGACCCAGAAAGCUGUCUGUGGAAAAAUGCUGGCUCUCUUGACCUGAAAACAGAGAUGAGAGCCACACCCCAUAGUUGAAUCUGACUGGACUUUACUGUCCUGGGGUCUUUUACCUUUUUUACUACUACUACUAUUAAUAAUUUUAUUAUUUCUACCCCGUCCAUCUGGCUUGGGAUAUAAGGGGCUUGUAUCAUGAGCAGUAAGCAAAGCAGUCAAACUGGCUUCUCCUUCUUGAUAACUGUACCACUCCCAUCAAGUGAAUAUGUUUAUGUUUCUUUGGCUGCUUCCACGAAACAGCCUUUUGGACUUUAAGUGGCCAUGCCUACUUCCAAUACUGGGUAGCAUUCCAGCUGUCUUAAAAUUGCUUCUAAACAUGUAUAAUAGGACAAAUUUUUACAAACAUGCAGAUGAGUUUUCAUGAAGCUUCAACAGAAAUUCACAAACUAAUGUGGAAGAUUGAACUUAAGACUGGAAGAAUGAGAAAUGGAGAGAGACCAAAACAGGCAGAUUUGCCCCUCAUUUCUCUCCCUUGAAUUCUGUUUGCUGUGUUUCAGGCUAGGGAGAAACCAGCAGUGGCUGACAUAAGAGAGAAGAAGGAGUGUUUGCUCAGUGAAGGUGAGAGUCUGUGGCUUUUUGGACACCUUCUAAGAGAAUUCAUGAAGCUAAAAGUUAUCUUAAACAUAAUUGUUCUACAAUAUUACUUACUUGUAUGCCAUCCAAACCCUUUUGAUUCCUCCUCUAUUUCCCUGGAUAGCAUGGCAACUGUAUUUGUGUGUGCUGUGCAGAAUGUGGGCUAACCAUUUUUAAUGAUACUUAACUGGAAGUGUCUGUGAAAUCAUUAGUGUGAGAAGUGACAGAGCUCCUCACUUCUUCCCAUAUCAAAACCAUUUUGUGAUCUUAAUAAAAAUAUAAAUUCAUUCAGAGGCCAAGCAUUCAAGUGUACCAUUCAAAUAUGGGCCUACUUAUUGCUAAAAGGGUAGAAAACUGGCAAAGCUACCCCUGUCCCCUUCACCUCUUUUUAUAUUUAAAAGUAAAAUUAAAAACAGAAGUUUUGAAAACAAUAAACUCCCUAUCUGCUGUAUGCAGCAGUUUCUAGUCCCAGAUUGGAUUAGACUGGAGUGCAAUUUCUCCUAAAACUGAACUACUUAAAUGGAGAGGCAUACACCCCCCCCCAGGUACAUCAGUUUACACACAUGAUCUCCCUGGAGAAGCAGCAGAGGCUAUGGUGGUGGUGGCAGGAGUGCUUUAAAGAGAAAGUGAAGUUCCCUGUUCGGGAGUGGAAGAAAGCUACGCAUUACUUGGGAAACAGAUCCCAUGUAACUAGUACUGAAUAAGACUGUACUAGUGCAGUAUUACAAAAAUAUAUAUCAAAAAACACUUCUUCUGUUGUUGUCUGGAAGUACAGUGGUACCUUGGGUUACAGAUGUUGUAAACAAAAAUUGCCCUUUUCCCUUAUGGGGUAUCCAAGAGCCUAUAUAGAGUCCUUACGUAGGUUCCCUAUUGGUAGGAGAAACUAACAGAGGCCAACCAGAGAAUACUGAGAAGCAAAGCAGCUAGUAAGCUUGAUCUUUAUUGAUCUGUUGCAACAGGGUGCUCCCCUCACCCGCAGGAGAGAGGAAGGAUCCAGAAAAAUGGCAUGCAAGGCCUUAUAAAGACUUUUGAAAUUCCCAUCCUGUAGAUCAGGACCACCCCCAGAAACAUCAUACAUACAUCACAGAAGGGGUGUAACCUAAGACCACCCCUCAUAUAUAUCAUACCUACAUCACAAAAAAGGCAGUCUAAAACAGAAAAUUUGAAAGUGUUUUUCUCCUGUCCUUGUUUAUCUCCUGUCUGGCAGGUUACUUGAUUGGAUUGCCUGGGUAGCCUGGCCAGUCCUUUGUAAUGAUAAAUACUUAGUUCCUGGGCCAGGUCACAGGCUCACACCCUAUUCAAACACAGACAUACCCUUAAGACAGGAUUUGUGAAGGAAAAGACAAUGGGGAGGCUUUUCCACUUUGACCUUGCAGAGAAAACAUUUGCUCAGUUUAGGAAUCAAAAUGGCUUCAGGUCGGUCUUCUUGUGCUGAUCUAUGUACGUGCUGUUAUGAACAUUACCAUAUAUCUAAGACCUCAAAAUUCCUAUCACACAGACGCUUCAGGUUACAGACACUUCAGGUUGCAGACUCUGCUAAUCCAAAAAUAGUACCUCGGGUUAAGAACUUUGCUACAGGAUGAAAACAGAAAUCGCGCAGUGGCGGCGCAGCAGCAGCAGAAGGCCCCAUUAGCUAAAGUAGUACCUCAGGUUAAGAACAGUUUCAGGUUAAGAACGGACCUCCAGAACGAAUUAAGUUCUUAACCCAAGGUACCACUGUACCCUCAUUUUUUGAGAUAAAUUGGACUUAUUUACUUUGAUAUGCCUUUAAAAAUCCCUGUGUAAUAUUUCCUCAGAAAAAAUGAUCCAGGAGAAACUGGCCCAUGCCCAAGAUGAAUUAGAUUUGAUUAGCCAGUCGGUCUUCAUUAAGGAGAGGGAGUUCCUGAAGAGCCAGGAGGCUGCAACAGCCUUGUGAGUAUAGGCUAACCUGGACCCUCCUUUAGUGUAAUACUGAUUAAAACUCAGUUAACCAUGUGCAAUUUUUUAAAGGUAUAAACGAUCAAUUUGCAAAGUGUGCUAAAGUAGGAAGGAAACGAUCUUUUAAAAAAACCAAAUAUGCAUGAACCACAGGUGCACCUCGCCCUGAAAGCAAGCCAUACCCUCAUAAAUGUGGCUCAGUAAGCUAGUAAUAAGGGACGCGUGUGGCGCUGUGAGUUAAACCACAGAGCCUAGGACUUGCCAAUCAGAAGGUCGGCGGUUCGAAUCCCCGCGAAGAGGUGAGCUCCCGUUGCUCGGUCCCUGCUCCUGCCAACCUAGCAGUUCGAAAGCACGUCCAAGUGCAACUAGAUAAAUAGGUACCGCUCCGGCGGGAAGGUAAAUGGCGUUUCCAUGUGCUGCUCUGGUUCACCAGAAGCGGCUUAGUCAUGCUGGCCACAUGACCCGGAAGCUGUACGCCGGCUUCCUCGGCUAGUAAAGCGAGCUGAGCGCCGCAACCUCAGAGUCGGUCAUGACUGGACCUAAUGGUCAGGGGUCCUUUACCUUUUAAGCUAGUAAUAAUUCACCUGAUUCAGUGAUUUUCAAACAUUCAACCUAGAAGCCCUUUCCACAACAACUUGACUGUGAAAAACUCCCUGCACGUUAUAGAAUAUUAUGGGGAAAUGUUGGUAGUGAAUCACAAGUCAAAUCCAAAUAGUAUGCAUUGCAACAUAUACAUAGUCUCUUGUUCAUUUCAGUGGGGCUUCCCCAAAAGAACAUGGUAGAUUGUGCUCACUUAAACACAUUUCCAUGUCUUGUUUUCCUUACUGUCCCAGUAUAGAAACUUAGUUCAACUUUUGUAUAUAUAUUGUAACUUGGUAGGUUUGUAGUAACUAAGCCAGGGAGAAGGCCAUAUGGCAGCCCAAGAGAGGCAUGAAAGAGGGUAGCCUGAGUCCUAUGUCAGAUUAAGAGCCAGAGGUUCUCCUGUUCUUGCUUAGGAAUGCCUCAAUGCUUAACUGCCUUUGCCACUUAGGAAGCAAGGUCAUUGAGGUUUGGUGGUGCCAUUUCCCCAUCUGCAAGUGGAGCUAAUGUGGCAAAGGACCCAUACCCAAAUGAAGGUAAGAUGUCUUAAGUACUGAGUGCAAACUUAAGGCAUGCUACAAAUGAAAAAUUAUGCCUGCAGGUCAGAGAUGCCCCACUGCAGGUCUAAUAACUCGACUUCAAUUUACAGAGAAUAAAUAGGAGUAUAAAUGAAGUAUAAAUAGGAGAAGACUUUCCCAUGUGAGUUGGGUUUGUGGAAGAGACCUGCUUCUUGCCCAGUUUUUUGUGUAGAAGUUCGACAGGUGGAUCCCUGGGAGCUGGACAUCUGAUUGCCUUCCUUUAAUUUCCAGGAAGUUAUUUCAAGAGGAAAAGAAGGCAGCAAAAGAAUACCUUGAAGCAGUCUCUAAGUACCAUUCUGAUCUGAAGCAAAGAUGUAGCAGGUGAGCAGAAGGAUGGGAGUGAACCGAGGGUUCUAGUUCUGGGAUUCAGCUCUGGAAGAGUCUAGGCCAGGAGACUGGAAUCUAGGGUGCUAGCUUAAUCCUCUGUCCUUGGAACAUAGUGCUUGAUUUUUAAAAAAGGAUUUUGCUAUGAGAUGCAAUACAAACUCUAGGCUCUGUACCUUAUUUGCGUUAAUAUUGGGAAUCUAAAAGGAUUUGUGCAAAACUCAAUGUUGAAGGAUUCUAUAUAUUUCUCUCCUGGCUUUUCUGAUGUGAUUCUUAUCUCUUGUUCUGAUGGCUCUUUGUAUCUGGGGAAAUGUUGUGCGCUGCUUCUUCCAUAUUACUGCAGCUUCCACUCUUUGGAAAGUGACACCUGUGACUCCAUUCACUAUGCCUCCUUGAAUCUCCAUGUUCCCAGUUACAUUGAUUCAUUCCACAGCCUCGGAAUGAUCCCAACAAGAUGUGGCUGUAGUCUGUAGCUUAUCACUUUUUCAGAUAUGGUAAGUUACUGAAGCACUCUAAUCUGUUUUAUUUCUUCCUAAGGAAGAAUGAACCAAAACAUAUAGGGUAUUUUGUAGCCUUGUAACAGUACCCAUCAUAUCUCAAAUUUUGAGGCCGGGUAUCCUGUUUUUCUUCUUUCAGAUUAAAAACAGAACUGGAAGAGAUGGAGAUGGAGGAUAGUAGCACCAGUGAGAAUUAG